AGACAAUUAUAAUGUAGAAAGGCCAACCAUUUGAUGUAUUUAUUAGAGCAGUGCUUCUCAAACUUGCAUGUGGUAGGAAUCCCGUGGGGAACUUGUUAAAAUGCACACUAUGAUACAGUAAGUCUGGGGUGGGACCUGAGACUGCAUUUCUAACAAUACAGGUGUCGGGAUGCUACUGGGCCAUUGACCACAUUUUGAGUAGCAACGGGUUACUUGGUUCUUUCAGGACAUCGUUCGGUAAACUCUCAUCUCAAUGACUCAAAACAUCAAAUGGUCUGGUGUAAAUAAUAAGAAGGGUGAUUUGUGUUGAAAGUGCUGACUUGCUAAUUUGAAUCAUCUAAAAGAGAGACAUCAAAAGGUCAAAAUUAUUCAUAGAUCCAUCAUUAUCAGGAGACUAAUCGGGAAAUGAAGUCAUUUAAGGCAAAAGCAAAAUAGUAACACAAAUACCUCAGAUGACUACUAGGGCAAAAUUUUCAAAAUGUUGCAAGCUGUCUGCAUGCUUGAAGUAGCAAUUUACAUGCAUAAUUAGGUGCAAUCAACAGUUUUGAAAUGUAAUAUAUUUUCUGAGCCCAUAUUUACUUAUGACAGAUGCAAAAAAAAAAUCUGUGUCCCCAAAAAAUAGAAGGGCAGAGAAAGAAAAAUAUUUGCAUUUAACAGUGGGACUCUUUACAAGCACAUGCCUAAAUUUAGAACAAAUUUAGUUGAAGUAUUGUAUCUUUAUUUUGAUUUAAUCUUCAUUUAAGCCUUGAAAGAAGUUCACAAACACAUUUGGAAGUGACAAGCAUGUAAGAAUAAUAACUUACCAGUCAGCUGUUCCGAGCUCCUGUUGGACCUGACAUGUAAUUUUUACUUCUACACUGUGGAAGGAAAAUCUGACAAAUUCAAAACUUUAUUGCACAAAACACCACACUGACUUUCCUCCUGUCUUCAGAAGGGGCUUCAUUCUUUAAAGAUACAAAAUAUCUUUUAGAAUAAUUUAUAUAAAAAGAUUAAGCUAACAAUUUCUUCUUCCUAAAUCAAGGUCCUCAGAUGGGUGCUCAAAGUGAAUUUCUAUCAUCUUACUAUUUUCAGCAUAACAGGCAGUGAUUGUGGUGUGCUCACUGCGCACUAACGCACUCUGCUGAGCACUUUACACCUACAAUCUAAUUUACUGUUAUAAAAAUACUAUAAAAAUUGAUUUAUUAUAAUAUACUGGGGAGGAAAUGGAGAGUAGGCACAUAGCUCUCUGUUUUUGGCUGAUAUAUUACUACAUAAAGGGUCCUAUGUCCUAGAGUGCAUUUCAGACUAAUGCCAGCUCAUUUUAUUUUAAAUAGGAUCCCAACUUGGAAAAUGAGCUUGAGGUCUGUUUUUCAGGAAUUCUGAAGAAAAAGCGAAUGAGGAAUUCAGUUCCCAAACUUCUUUGCAAAAGCAUGCUCACAUUGCAAUAUCCAGAUUGGCUGUCUACACGAUUAAAUUAAAGUGGCAAUUAAUUUCUGUCACGUUUAUAGGCCGAGUCAGAGAUUAAGAGAUUGAACUGAAGGAUAGGGCCUAAUGAUGUGUUCUUGUGCAACUGCAUCUGUUGAGACAGAGUCUUGAUACGGCGAAGUCGUCUUAAGGUAACGCAAAGCAGUCACGAACAAUGCAAUUUUCUAGUCUCAUUAGGUAAGCGUUAUCCGUGAUACAUUAUAUGCUAUGGAAAAAAGGCCACCCUCUGCUAAGAAAUGCAUGAAUAGUUCAUUUAUCUGCUGAUCCAUUUGGGGGCAUUAUGGAACUCAGAGCCCAGAACAAUGGGCUCUAUUUAAUAUUAAACAGGUCCUUAAUAACCUGCUAUUUCUCUCCACAGCUGCUGGAGGGUCCCUCCUGGACGUGCAGAGUUGCAGUCAGCAGUUCCCAAGAAGUUGUAAGCUACUCCCCCAGUACCGAGUGGCGUUCAAUCUAGAAGUCGUGCUGAUCACCUGACCCCGUGAAUGGGAAGAUGGAGAUGGAUGUUGAGGGAGUUUCUCCGCGCCCGGAGCCCAUCCCCCGCUCCCAGGGGGCUGGCGGAGCCUGCCAGGCGCCGCCACAGCCGCCCCAGCCCCAGCCCCAGCCCCAGCCGCCGCCGCCGCCGGCUCAGGAUGAAGUGCCCGGCGGGAGUGCGGGCGCGGAGGACAGCGACGAUCCCGACGCGAGACCCGGCAGCGCGAGAGGCGAGAGCAAGCGAACCUCAGCCAGCAAGUCUUCGGGUGCUCCUUCCUAUAGCAGAUGGUCCAGUUCACAGCCACAUCAGUCUAGCUCCACAGUGAGAGCCUAUCAAACUAGUAAGUCACGAGUGACCAUGAGCCCUGGCUUCAGCUCUCAGUGGAACAGCAGCCAACCAGCCUGGAACACAUACUCCUUUCCAAGAGCAAGCUUGCACUACCAGUCCCAUGCCAGCUACACCUACUGUACUGGACAUCCUGCUCAGUCCUAUGCACCAGCUCCCCACCCCAUGGCUCCUCCCAGCCCCAGCACAAACAGCAGCAGCAACAACAGCAGCAGCAACAGCAGCGGGGAACAGUUGAGUAAAACCAACCUGUACAUUCGAGGCCUUCCACCAGGCACCACUGACCAGGACCUAAUCAAGCUGUGCCAACCGUAUGGAAAGAUUGUAUCCACAAAGGCAAUUCUGGACAAAAACACAAAUCAGUGCAAAGGGUAUGGUUUUGUAGAUUUUGACAGUCCUGCAGCUGCACAGAAAGCAGUAGCAUCUCUCAAGGCAAAUGGCGUUCAGGCACAGAUGGCCAAGCAACAAGAGCAAGACCCAACAAACCUAUACAUCUCAAAUCUCCCCAUUUCUAUGGAUGAGCAGGAACUUGAGAAUAUGCUGAAACCCUUUGGACAUGUCAUUUCCACAAGAAUACUAAGAGAUGCUAAUGGAGUCAGCAGAGGCGUUGGCUUUGCCAGAAUGGAGUCUACUGAAAAAUGUGAAGUGGUAAUUCAACAUUUUAAUGGAAAAUAUCUGAAAACACCACCAGGCAUCCCAGCCCCUAGUGAGCCUUUACUGUGCAAAUUCGCUGAUGGAGGACAAAAGAAGCGACAGAAUCAAAGCAAAUACACCCAGAAUGGAAGGCCUUGGCCCAGGGAAGGAGAGGUACUCAGAGGCAGGACUGUCCCUAGGCAAAAUCAUGAAGCUGGCAUGGCUCUGACCUAUGACCCCACAGCUGCCAUACAAAAUGGAUUUUAUUCUUCACCGUACAGUAUUGCAACCAACCGCAUGAUUCCACAGACAUCUAUCACGCCAUUCAUUGCUGCUUCCCCUGUCUCCACAUACCAGGUCCAGAGUACUUCAUGGAUGCCUCAUCCGCCAUACGUUAUGCAACCAACAGGUGCUGUGAUUACGCCGACAAUGGACCAUCCUAUGUCAAUGCAGCCAGCAAACAUGAUGGGCCCCCUGACACAACAGAUGAAUCAUCUUUCAUUGGGCACAACAGGAACGAUUCAGUCCCAAGACAGGAUUAUGAUACUCCACCAGCUGUUGUGUCAGUAUAUGACUGCUGCCGCUCCUAUGCAAGGGACCUACAUUCCCCAGUACACGCCUGUGCCUCCGACAGCUGUUUCUAUUGAAGGUGUUGUUGCUGAUACCUCUCCCCAGACAGUGGCACCUUCAUCCCAGGACACCAGUGGUCAGCAGCAACAGAUAGCAGUGGACACAUCCAACGAACAUGCACCUGCAUAUUCUUACCAACAGUCUAAACCAUAAACAAGACUGAAGAAUGUUCGUCUGAAACUUUGCCUUGAAUGAAGAAACUUCAUUGAACAGGAAGUUGGCUUCCAGUUUGCACAGGCGUCGAUGGAAUGCUUUUUUUUUUUUUUUUUUUUUUUACUUUACCCAGUGAAAACAAAGUGUUUUUAUGUGCUGUGCAAAUGGUUCCUUCGUGUGGUCUGACAGUUUAUUUUCGCCAUCUUUUUUUUUUAAAAGAAAAAAAUCCCAGAAGAGGAAACAAACAAAAACCAACAACGAAACAAAAUGAAGAAGGUUGACAUUUUAUCUAGAAGAACAUUUGAAUUCAGAAUUUACCAGAAGAUGUAGAUAGAUUUUUUUUUUUUUAAACGGAAAAUCAGAUGUCAAGAGGUGGGCAAAGCAGAAAUGGAAACAAAUUGUCUUCCUCAGUAACUAAGCUACUCUUUCUUUACCCCUUUUUGUUUAAAGCUAGUGGGUUGGUUUUUUAUUUUAUUGUUUUCCUAGAAAUAUUUAGGUAAGGUUUAUCUUGAAUCUUAAUUGCCUUAAUUUUAAGGACGUCAAAGGCUCUCGAGGCAAGCUGUCAACGUCUUGUUAAAAAAAAAUUCAAGAAAGAAUUGAAAUAUUGUGCCGGCUUUAACUGGUACAGAAGUUUAAGACUAUGAGUUUUUAGGGUGAAAAAAAAACUGUACAGUUUAAAAGAAAAUGUUUUUCUUCAUUUGAAGAAAAUUUGUUGAUAAAAGAAACCAUGGCAACUGCAAGAAUUGGGAAAAUGCUGGGACUUUUCAUGAACUUUGUCUUAAGUGUUGAAUCAUUCUAGAAGGCUAAAACAUUUUACGGUAAAGUUAUUAAUGUUGGUUUAAAAACAAUUGCAUUAGAAAUAAUGCGUGUUUGGAGGGCAGAAUGCAGAUUUUUUUUAUUUACGAAGCGUGAUCGCUAGCAAAGGCAUUAGUGCUUUUUAUCUGCAGUCUUUUUUAUGAGCUUUACAAAGUUUUUAGUCAGCUUUGCUUGUCACAUUGCAAAACCUAGCUUAAGAGCAUUAAAAAAAUUAAGUAGAUAGGAGCUUAUGGUCAAAAAGUGCAAAAAAAAAAAAAACAAAAAAACAAAAAAAGCAAUAGAUAGAGAAAUUGUUGACAAUUUCUGUAGUCUUUCCUAGUUGUGAUCAAAUUCAGCCUAUGGAUGGCCUAUUUUAUACCAAAGAUGAAGUGGCACCCUAUUGCAGUCCAGAAGAUAGAGGUUGUUUUCCUUUUCUUCUCUUUUCUUUUUAAAAAUUUUAUUUGACCUACAUGGCCGGACCAGUUCUUACUUUGUUGUUUGUUUAAACUACCUUCCACUGGUGUUUUACAUACUGCAAAACCAAACAAAACAAAAAAUGUUUUUUUUGUUUGUUUUUGUUUUUUAAUGUGCAUUUGUUGAUACUAGCAGAAGCUUGCACCUGCUGUGUUCAGCAGUUUCAGCGCGAAGAAGAGUUCUGGAUACCAACUGAUAGAGCCAAAAGGCUUUAUAUUCAUUCUGUGAGCUUUUCUGGUUCCUUACUAGCUCUCUAAAUAGUGACACCUGUAAUGAUGGCCACCAAUAAGCUGAGACACUUGUUUAACAGGUUGAAAUUCCUUUCUGUGAACUUUGAACUAAAGAUCCUUCCCGAACUGGUCUGAAAGGUCACUUGUCAAAAAAGCGUAGUGAUAUUCUGUUAAGUGAUGAGUGGUCUCCUGAAAAGGUCUCAUUGUAUUUGUAACAAUAGUCUUCCUUCUAACGUCCAACACCUCUAGGUUUUGUCUUCUCACCUCAGUCUUUGUUCAUCCUGCCAUGAACAGCCACCUUGAUUCUGCAGUUGGGGAGGGGAUAUCUUCUUUUUGCCUCCUUUCAUUGUAUUUUCAUACCCUGGUGUUGUCAGAAGAAGGACAAAAACAGACCUUUUUUUUUUUUUUUUUUUUUUUUUUUUUUCAGUUUUGCUCUCUGAGGCAAGUAGGACCAAUAAGAUUGAGGAUUCUAUUAGUGAAAUUUAGGUAAGCUUUUAAGAUGCUAGUUGACAAUCAAGAAAUUGUAUGAUUUAUAUCAAUAAGAACCAAAAGAAUUAGAUCUGCUCAAUCUUUAAAGCCAAAGUAGAUAUAUUUGCAUUGAGAAUGAUGCAAAACUUUGUCUAAAAUGGAUUAAAUUGACUUAACAAACAUCUCUGCAUAUUUGACUCAUGGAAUCCAUGUUCAACCUGUAUAGUUUCACCUGAACUUAAGACCGAUGGAACUAUGUUAAUUGAACCAUGCCCUAGAGUUGCUUUCUGAAUGGAUCAUUGCAAUCAGAUGGGUGAAAGUCUUUUCACAAGCUAAAUCCAAGAAAACUGUCUUAGUCCAGAAGGAAGAAGGAAAUGCAUGAAGUACACUGUAAAAGAAAACAGGGUAGGCUUUUAAAAACUGAAAAAACUUAAAAGGCAAAUCAUACUCCCUUUAGGUCAAUAUCAGUAAUGAGUUUGGCUCAUCUGAAAUUGUCAAUAUUCCACUAUUUAUGACCUGUCAACAGAGGCCUCGUGUUGAAAUGGGCUCUGUUUUCUUAUUUGAAAAUCCAUGAAUUGGAAGCUCAAGUCUAGAAAGUGACUCCCUAUUUUUGCAAUCAAAUUAGAGGCAAAAAUGUAUCCAAGAAAAUGUAGUAGCAUGUGCUACAGAGAAAUUCCCUCUGGUGACACCCAUUCCUUAAUGGUUUUCCAUGAUUUAGAGAGAAUCUUAAAUUUAUACUUUCUUCUGUUCUGUCCUUCAGCUUCUCAUGUAUUUCAAGGGUGGCACUUAAGUUUUUUCUUUGAGAAGUGGGCUCCUGAGUCACAGGGGGUGGGUAUAAGCGAACAUGUAUAGGAACUGUGCUUUUCGUUUCUCUUUUUCAGUCUCUGAACUCUUUGUAUAAAUAAGGAUUAUCCUGGGCAUAUUUCAUUUGAAUAUGAAACAAACAUGCUUUCUUUUGUUUCUGUAAAAAAAAAAAAACAAAAAAAAACCUUAAUGUGAUACAAAGAAAGUCUCAUUUACGCAAUCAACAAUGAGGCUAAGAGGUAGCUACCAUGUGGCUGAUGAAUGUGCCUAGGUAACUUCCUGUUUCUAUUCAAAACUACUGCUUUAUUUAUACAUUCAGAAACAUUUUUUUCAACUAUGAAAUUUCAAUGAUCUCAAUUUUUUUAAGCCACUUCAGGCGCAAGGAAAUUACCUGUCAUUUUAUGUGUCCAUGUGUUUUGUGUUUGGAUUUUUUAUAUCAUGCCAUUCAAGAAAAUAUCUUAUUGCAAAUCAAAAAGGAAAAAAAAGAAGGAAAAAUGGCACAUGUUCAAAUUUGCAUCUGUCAUCUUACCUAAUGAUUGUUUUUAAGAGUCAAGUCUGGGGGAAUAUAAAAAACAUCAACAGGUAAGCAGCAUUACAUUAUAUGAAGAAUAAAACAAAUCAAAAUAUGUGUUCAAUAUUUGCAGACAUCAAAAUCCUAAUUUAAUCGCAAUUGUUAUUAUGGUGAUUCUAAUCCUAUUUAAGGCUUUUUUUUUUUUUUAAGUAUUCUGGUUCGUCAGAUUUCCAAACAUUUAUUCAGAUUAUUUCCAUUUUUCCUUUAGACUUUAAUUGUCAAGCCUUCUAAACAUGAGGAAACAAACCAAAAUCCCAAUCCAAAUGAGAUCAAUGUAAUCUUACUUAAACUCUAGAUACAUGGUCAAUGGAGGAAUGGGUUUUCUCUUAAUAAUGAUAAAGUUUUGUCAAGGGAGACAAAUUAUGCAUAGUGACUCAAUGCAUGGCCAUGUGUUCUAAAAAUGUCUUGGGUCCUAGGUAAGCUAAAGCUAACAACCAGUAGGUGCUGGGGACUGUUUUUCCUUGAAGACUGGCAUGUCACGAUUGUUGCAAGUGACAUAAUAUUCUUAAAAAAAGAAAGAAAGAAAGAAAAAGAAAGAAAGAAAGAAAGAAAGAAAGAAAGAAAGAAAGAAAGAAAGAAAGAAAGAGAGAAAGAGAGAAAGAAAGAAAAUCCUCUACCUAAAUUCAGUUUGGCCAGGGUUAGUUUUGUUGGUAAAUUUCAAUCAUUCAGAUGUUAUCUCUAUGCUUCACUUGAAUCAGUUCUUCCUGUGACUUUAACAGAUCUGCCACAUUUGACAGCAUACAAGACUCACUUCCACACAUUCUAGUGAAAAACUACAUGGUAUUAAAAACACUCAUGUUAGAGAAGGCAGGCUAAGAGCAGAAAAAGACUGGAUGGAGCAGGAAGUUCGCUCUACCUGCAGAAUACAUCAACCUCUUGCAAAACUAUGUUAAAAUCAUUUUAAUUCAUGUAUGACAAAAACAGAGUAGCUUUUUUUUUUCUAAAAAAAGGUUAAUUUGAAUAUUUGAGAUGUCUAUUCUAUACCUAUAUAUAUUUUACAGUGGCCUAAAAUCCCCAUUAAUGAAGAGUGAGAUUUGGUUGAGUAGCACUUUUGCAGCACUUCAUGAUUCAGAAGUUUCAAUGGACUGUCUAGACAGAUUAUAAUGUUAGUGAGAAACGAAAAAUACAUUUGACAACUGAGUCUCAUUUGUACUUUGCGUGCAUGAACCACUGUAGAUGAGCUGAUAAGCAGAGAGAAAUUCUUAAGUGGGUUUCAGUGGUAAAUGUUUUUAGAUGAUAUCAAAUCAAAUAAAGGGUAAUAUUUAUUUGUGUGGGUAAACAACAUUCAGCACAUUUGAAGAAUCACACUUCCUAACAAAGUUAAACAUGUCUUAGAGCCUUGAUCUAUGUUCUCAUCCACAGUAGGGAGUGAAAGAUGAGACUUUGGUUUUUGUGUUAUUGUGCCUGGCAUCCUUCAAAAUUUUGAGCUUACCGAGAACUGACAGCAUCUCACUCCAAUCUGAGGGACUAGCAGAAUUUAAACAGGCUCAUUGAUUCUGUACACUAUACCCUUCCUGUGACAGAGUGAUAAUGGGAUUUCAUUAAUGAAUCAAUUUGUUACACAUGACAUCCACUGAGGUAUUGGAAGUCAGUUGAGUCUAACUCAAAUUUAACAUUUCUUACCCAAUAUUCUUAAAUAUGAAAUCGCUCCCUUAAUCCAAGUGUCCUUGGUCAUGGCUGUCCUUUGUGGACUGCAUGGAGUCCAGGACAGUACAGAACUAAAUACAAGAUCCCUGAGUUGCCCCCAAAAUCUUUUCUCAUGUGAGGCAGGGGAGCUUACCCCAGAUUGGUGGUUUUGCUUCUCUUUCAGUUUAUACCCCAAUACAUAUGCUCCCCGUCACACAAAUAAAGGAUGGAUAGCUUCUCAAUGAGCAUUUCUUUGUAUUUCUGAAAGGAAAAAUAAUAUUUUAAGAAAUGCUUCUUCCUCUAAGGAAGCUUUAAAGCUGGAGCAGAGGUGAGAUCAAGCUUGGAGUCUGUAGGAAGAACCUCUAGGCCACAGAGUCACACUUUUCUUCCAUUUUAUUCACUCCAGUUAGUAACUUCCCCAAUGACUGAGUCUUGCAGAAAUACAAUCACUCUCAAUUUUUGAAGGGCUAUCUACUUUGUAGAUUUGUUUUGUCUUCUCUUUUCAACUGUUAGGUCUUGGGCUCUGUUUCCUUUUAUUAGCAUUUCACCCUGAGGAUGGAAAAGAAACAUUUGGAAAUCAGAUUCAAAUCAGUCUGUUUCUUUGUUAAGUCUCGAUUUAUCGAAGAAGUUUAAAAUCAUUGGUAAAACUGUCAGUGCAUUAUAUACCAUGGCUUUUUAUUAGCCAUAGUGUCUCUUUCCCAUUCAUUGCAAAUAAUUGAGAGUUGGCUGUAUUCUUGCAAAAACAAAGGGGGUAGGGGGGAAACCUGUAGCAAAGUAUUUGGCUUCCCUCAAAAGAAAGCUGUUUUGGUUUCGUUCACUAUUGACAUUUUAACCAGAAGAAAAUGUCAACUCAAAAUUGAGUUAUGAGAAUAUAAUAGCAUCUCUUGGUUAAAUAUACACUCUUGUCCCUAUCUUAAAUCUUUGGCAAGAAAAAUGCUUUGUUUUUGUUAAUUUUUUUUUUGUUUUGCAUCACAGUAAUAAGGGUGAAUGACCUUGACACUCCAGUGGAUUUUUUCUGAUCAUUUCAAAUUAAGUAGUGUCCAAAGUGUAACUUUAGUGUUAUGCUUUGUAUUUUAAACCUUCUGGUCUUAUAUUAUUAAGAAAGAUGCUCUGUCUGCCUCCCCAAAAAAAUGUCAUUUCGUCAUAUAUGAAGAAGUGAGUUAUUUCAUACUUUUCAGGAGCUAUAAAAACUAUUUCAAAGAGACACUUGAAUAAGUUUUUUCCAUUCUUGAAAUUAAUGCUUCCACUUAUUUAAAAAAAGAGAAAUAUAAUUGGGAUCUUAAUUUAAAAAAAAAUACACAUAAAAGUAUACUUGCUAUGAAAUACCCAGUUUCUUUUUAAAAAAAAAAAUGGGACACAGCUUUUUAAAAACCAUUGUUUUAGGCCAUAUUUGACUUCAUGGAACUUAUGAAACAUCAUUCAAAUUUAAACUUUAUUUAAGAGCAUUUUGUACCGCUGUCUCUGUCAUGGAAAGUUCUGUAAUUCUAUGGUGUUUCUGGUUUUAUUUUUAAUUUUUUCAUCUGUACCACAGUCAAAUUAGCUACCAUUUCCCCCAUUCCUUGGGCUUUCUGUAGAUCAGUGGAUGUUAGGUUUAAACUUCUGUUUUCUUUGAUGAAGCUUUCAAUAAAAAAUGAAAAUAAAAUCAA